AUGGCAGAAUUAGAGAUAAGGAGUAAACUUCCAAUUAUCCUUGAACUAUAUAACCAUUUCCCAGGUAAAUCAUUUGAAAAGGGACGGAUCAUAAAAAUAUUGAUGCGUGUUUUUUCUCAACUUGAAGAAUAUUCACUUGUUGAGAUUGUUUUUUCAAGAUAUUUGGAAUUACCAGAACUUAAAGUUAGAUAUUGUAACAUGGGUUUAAAAGCUGUCAUUUUCAAUGGUAAUCAAGAGCUUGCUAAACAAUUAUUAUAUCAAAUGGUUUAUUCACAUCUGCCCAUGAAUGAUUCAACAUUAAAGUCAUUCUUAUCUGCUGUGCAAAAGUCUGGUACUUUCCAAUCAGUCAGAUUUGCUGUUGAUCUGUUAGAAAAAAAUCCAAAUGUACCUGUUGAUAAUCAAUCAUAUAGUACAAUAAUGAAAUGUUAUGCAAAGAAUGCAACUGAAAGUGAAUUCAAAAGUCUUGCAAAUGUGCUGGAGAAACGAGGUUGUGAUUUAUAUGAAUUGGAAUUGCAUAAAUUUUAUCAUGAUUUGAUACAGCAAGUGAAAAUUGAUGAUGAAAAGCUUUGGUCUAAGAUUUUGGAGAUAAGGUCAAAUCUGUCAAAGAAAUCUUAUCUUUUGAAUAGUUUUUAUUUGGAAAUGAUGUCAAUAUUCUCUUACAAGUUAAGAAGAAAUGAUAUGUUUAGGCUUGUGGAGCUUUUAUCAGAGGAUUCUAUUGAAUUUUCUGAUGAAUUGAAUAACAUCUUAUUUUCAUUUUUCGCCAAAGUUGGUGAUGUUGAUGGAUUACUAGUUUAUUUUUCAUCUUUUAAAGAUAAAAAAAUCCAUAUCCAACCUCAGUUUAUUUAUUCAUUAUGGAGAACUUUGAUAACUAAAGAACCCGAAUUAGCAAAAAUUGUCACAGAUACCAUUGAGGAAUUCAUGCAUAAACAUUAUUCAACCGCACAAUUGGAGAAUAAAUUUUUGAAAGCUAUAUCAUUAAGACAUAAGAUGAGGAAUUCGUUGCCUGAUUACGUUCCUGCAGUUUCUGAUAAAAGAUUAGCUAGAAGCUUAGAAGUCUUGAAUGAUUUGCUCCACCAGAAAAAAGAUGCAGAAAUCAUUGUAUUGAUUAAUGAUAGAUUAAGACAAGGUUUGAGACCGGAAUUCCCAUUAUUAAUGUCUGCUAUGGUUGGAUUAAUAAAGAUAAAAUCACCAGAGAUUCUUAUUCUCUACAAGUUGGGAUGUCAAUUAUAUACAGAUAUGAUUGUUGAUUUUGAUUUGGUUUGGUUGAAAAAGACAAUUUAUGAUUUGAGAGCUGAACAUAAUAAUGGUUUAAAGCUUUUUGACACGGGGAGUGCAUUAAUUGGUGAUUUCAAAUUGAAACAUGGAGACAAAAUGACACAUUCACAUUUUAAUGAUUUGGCAAAUAUUUGUAUUGAUAUUUUCAAUUAUGAUCUUGCUAUUGAAUUGUUGCAAGAAUCAAGAGCAUCAAGUGCUGAAGUUGAGAAAAGAAAUAACCUAAAUAUUUACAUCACAUUAUUGAAAGCAUUGGCUAGGAAGAAGGAUUUACCAAAUUACUUGCAUGUUAUGAAGUUAUUUUACACUGAUGACGAUGUAAAACUUAGUACCUUUGGUAUAAAAAGAUUGAAAACUGGUAGACAAUAUUUCAUCAAGAAGAAUGCAGAGGAACCAUUUGAAAAUUUUGAAGAAUUUUUAAAUCAAUUUGAUAUACAUCAUGAAAAGAUCAAGGAGAAAUAUACAACACAAAGAGAAGAAGCUGAAGAAAGUUGCAGAAAUGCCAUAGAAUUUUUUGAAAAAUGGAAUAAGGAGACUUGA